AUGGCAAUGCUGAGAAGUCUAAUGCUUCUUUUCAUUUUGUUCUCCAUGGGGAACGCAGAAGGUAACUGCCCCCAUGGAUGGACAAAUUUUGGAGUCCGAUGCUACAAGUUCUUCUCUCAGGCAGUCAACUGGGUAACAGCAGAGAGGGAAUGCCAAAGUCUGGAUGCAAAUCUCGCAUCUGUACAUAGUAAAAUAGAACAUGAUUUUCUCCUGAGUCUGUUGCCUUCUUCCUCCACACGCUGUUGGUUUGGUACUCAUGAUGGUGAACAAGUAGGAGGUUGGUUGUGGACUGAUGGAACUCCAUUUGACUUCACCUACUGGGCCCCUGGACAACCUGACGGUCUGCAAACCGAGAACUGUGGGGAGUUAAACUUCGACAGUUACCGUUGGAACGAUGAAGCCUGUUCAACCUCACUGGGUUAUGUUUGUGCUAAAUACCUGUGAGAUCACAUGCAGUCAUCCUGCUCCACGGUUACUUUGA